GUCAACAUCUAGUGCAUGCUAUUUUACCGCCUCGUUAUUGUGAUCUACCCGCCUCUGGAAUCUACCGAUCCUUCUCUCCUACGCUUUCUAUCUCUAGGGCAUGUCUUCAAAUUGUACGUAUGGUUGGGAUUUCAGCACAAGUACCUGGGGAUGUAUUGAACGGCAAGCACACCUUGAUGAAUGGAAGGAAGUGGAUCCUGAUUUGAAGCAGCUGGGUCGGGUUCUGGCAGAUCAGUUUCCGGAUCCACCGGAAAACACCGUUAAAACUAUGGCGGAUGGCUAUGGGGAUGUGGUGGACUUCGUGCGAUGUGAACCGCCGGAGGAUGAACGGGACCCAGACUUUGUGCGGUUGGCACCUCCAGGCACCCGCGGCAGGCGGAGGUUGACUAAGAGAUUUCUGGAAGCAGAUCGCAGAAGGCCUAAGAAGGGGGUGCCUGAUUAUGGGCCCUACGGUAAUUACAUACCAAAGGCGCCAACUUUUUCUCCCUUCCAACCAACAUUCUCACCAGCAUAACAUUCCAGGCUCGGGGAUUCUGGUUACCCUACUUUUCAUGCUUUCCUACAUUAAGCUAGGUCAAAUAAAUUAAUGUGAUUAUUAGACCUGUAUCCCAUCCGUGGCUGUCUUUCAACCUUCCUCAAAACAAAUAUGGGUCGGCUUCUCCCUUUCAAGCUAUUUUCCAUCACUAUCUACUUAUGCAAUACUCCCUCCCUCCCAAAAAAUAUCUCUCUUCAUUUUAUGAGGCUUGACUAAUGCAUAUUUAAUUUAGUGUUAGUAGUUAAAGUUUAC